GAGAAGCAUCGAGCUAAAGUGGAUUUUAGCUCCACUGGGAAAAAAAUGAACUAGCAUUUCAAGACGAUCCGAACCAGUCAGGCAACACAAUUGACCGUCUCUACAGUAGACUCUUGUUGAAGAGUCCGAGGCAGUUCGUCUGAGGAGGAAUCAGUUCCUCCUCUUCUCCAAAUCUUCUCGACCAUUCUUUUCCACUCAGACAUGGAUCUCCACAGAGCAGCCUUCAAGAUGGAGAGCUCUUCCUACUUGCCCAACCCCCUGGCCUCGCCGGCCCUCAUGGUCCUGGCCUCCACAGCUGAAGCUUCCCGUGAUGCUUCCAUUCCCUGCCAGCAACCACGCCCGUUUGGCGUCCCAGUUUCUGUGGACAAAGACGUCCACUUGCCAUUCAACAAUGGUUCAUACACCUUUGCGUCCAUGUACCACCGCCAAGGUGCGGUCCCUCCCGGUUUCCCCAACAGGGACUUUCCUCCGUCCCUCCUUCAUCUACAUCAUCAGUUCGCGCCACCUAACCUGGACUGCUCGCCGAUCAGCAUGCUCAACCACAGCGGCGUCGGGGCUUUCAGACCCUUCGCUUCGCCUCCCGAGGACCGGGACGGGGCGCCAGGCGGGUACCAGUCGGCUUUCACCCCGGCUAAGCGCCUCAAAGGGUGCCUGGACGCAGAUGCUUCACCCCACCUACGGUACACCGAUGCUGACGGCAAAGAAUAUGACUUUGGCGGCGCCCAGAUCCCGCCUGGGGGCUCGCCCAGCAGCGCCUUGAAGGCCGUAGAGGACAGUGGGAAGAAGAUCUUCGCUGUAUCCGGCCUCCUUUCAGACCGAGAGACCUCCUCUAGCCCUGAGGACCGCAUCGAACGCUGCAAAAAGAAGAUGUCGCUGUACGACAGCCAGGCUCCCAUUUGUCCCAUCUGCCAGGUGCUGCUCAGGCCCGGGGAGCUCCAGGAGCACAUGGAGACGGAGAUCGAGCGACUAGCCAGCAUGUGCCUCAGUAAGAACCCUUCUUCCAAGGAUGGAACCAUCACUCCGGGAACUCCUAAGUCCAUGCUGCUGUCGGUGCACAUCAAGCGGGAGGGAGAGUCUCCUGUGGUCUCACCACUCUCGUCUGACGACGCGCACCACUCGGACAGAUACCAGACUUUUUUACGGGUUCGAGCUAACAGGCAAACACGACUGAAUGCCCGCAUAGGCAAGAUGAAGAGGAGGAAGCCGGAGGACGGGGGCCAGGUAUGUCCGCUGUGCAGUGCCCCCUUGGCUGGGAGCGAGGAGGAGAUGAGUAGACAUGUGGAGCAAUGCCUCAUCCAGCGGGAGGGUGUGCUCGGCGAGGACGACUCGGUGGACAUGGACGGCGACAGUGGGCGUGGCUUCGAGGAGUACGAGUGGGCGGGACAGAAGAGGAUUCGAGCCACGGCUCUCCUAGAGGGAGGCUUCCGAGCGACGGGUUUUGCGACGUGCAGUAUAAAGGAGAGUGGGGGAGACAGUGACGCCGACCUGGACGUUGACGGAGACGACACGCUGGAGUACGGCAAAGCCCAGUACACCGAGGCUGACAUCAUCCCCUGUUCGGGAGCUGGGGAGGACCAAGGAGAGGCCAGAGAGAGAGAGGCUCUGCGGGGGGCUGUGCUAAACGGAGGCAUGCCCUCAAACAGAAUAACGCCGGAGUUCUCCAAAUGGGCCAGCGACGAGAUGCCUUCGACGAGCAAUGGCGAGAGCAGCAAGACGGACCCCAGCGCUCCCUCGUCCUCCACGUCUUCCUCCUCCUGCGUCCCUCGCACCUGUAAAAACAGCGAGAUCGAAAAAGUAACAGAAGAGGAUUCCACAGCGACCACCAUGGAGGCUCUGAAGGCUCGAAUCCGAGAGCUGGAGAAGCAGAUACUGCGAGGCGACCGAUACAAAUGUCUCAUUUGCAUGGACUCCUACACGAUGCCACUCACGUCCAUACAGUGUUGGCAUGUCCACUGUGAAGAAUGCUGGCUCCGGACGCUGGGGAACAAGAAGCUGUGCCCACAGUGCAACACCAUCACCUCGCCGGGGGACCUGCGACGUGUCUACUUGUAAAGAGCACACCCCCACCCGCCCAGCCACCGCCGUGGACCUCCCAUUUCAACAUGCCCCUACUUCCGGUCGUCAUUUGGCUUCCCCCUCCACCAAGUCAUGAACGUCAGACCGCCCCUAAAGAGACACAGCUCGGGUGUGGGGGGGGAGGGGCGUCUCAAAGUGGAACCAAACGUGAACGGACUCCUUCAAACACUGGAUGUCAAAUACUGACGGACCUUUUAGCGUCACUGGAGCUGGACCUUCUGGAACUUGCCGACCGCCCGACCUCCCCACCCUGCGCUCCGGUUCUGCUUCCACGUCAUGACUGGACUUUGGCUGUUGUGGUUCUCCCCCCUAUGUUACGCACAGAUCAUUCUAGAAGACACUGCAAAAUGAGCUUCCACCUCAACUAAGAAGACUCCCAGUUAUAGAGCGAAACAUGUUAGUAAAAAAACAACAACUCCCCCCUUGUUAAGAUGCAGUCCAAGCACAUGUAAGUAAAGUCAGUGUAUGUUUACAAAGUUCCCACGUCAAUGCGUACACGCCGUUUUGUACAAUAUCAACGUCAUGUUCUAGUCCUCAGUUUGCAGAGAAAAUGGCUACAAUGAAUAAGGCCUGCUUUAUUUUCAGAACCAGCCUCAUUGGCUGACGUUUCACUGUACAGAAAAAAAACAGUCCUAGUAAAAAACUCAAGGCUAGAUGGUCAAGAUUUAGGUGUCAUUUUCUGCAGAGUACUUUGUCGAAUUGUAGAUCUAAAAGAGAAAGAAAAAAGCAAGUGACGAUCUUUUAUUUGUUCUAAUGCGUAGAAUAACUUUUUGAUGCACAAAACGACACCAAGCGGAGCGGCAUUUUACUCCAGCUACUUUCACUUCCGCUCCCACACGACUCCUGAGUUUCCACCGCAGCGAUACUCGACCAACUCUUCUUCCCCUCCCCCCGUUAUCCUCCAACCGCUUUGCUGCAAAGGUCAAGCGAGGGAAGUCCGGGUCGAACCGGCGACCCCUUUUUGCAGCUUAACUCCGCCCCCUAACCCCCUUCUCCGGCCGCGGGGUGGCGGUGUGCUUUGUGUUUGUAAAACUAUGUAUUCUGUGACGUCUGUAUUGUUGUCAAAAAAAAAAAUGCUGAGAUCAAGAAAAUAAAACCUUCUCAAAUAUCACAAAACCCGAGUCAUCAAAUAUAAGGUGUGUACUGUUGGAAAAAGGGGGAAUACGACGUUGCUUCCGACAACAAAUGCAUGAGCUCACCUCCACUUAACUGUUUUUUUUUCUUUCUUGUUUAAGUCCUUUUAUCUCCUGUAGCAACACGUCUCGGUCCACUAGAAAGGUCCGCCACAGAGUAAACGGGACGUGAUCCGGGUUUACACAUGCAUUCGAACUCGCCCCAAAGAUGACAAAUUGCACAAGAUAAAUUAUGUCACAGUUAUUUUGUGUCUUGUAUAUUCUUGGAAAUGGUACGUGUCUGACCCGUUUGUAAACUACAUUUGACAUGAAUUAAAAUGGAUUGUAAAUCCCAAUUUAA